GUGGGGGCUGCUGUAGUGUGUGGCGGAUCUGAGGUCUUGGGGGCAGAAGUCGAGCCGCCUUCUGCUUCCGGGUCGCGGGGUCACGGCCGGGGCAUCCGUGUACGGCGUCGGAUCACGCGGAGCCAUGAACGCCUCGACCAAGAAGGCCAUCCGCAGGCUAAUGCUGGUGGAGCUGGCCGGCGUGGUUGCCGCCUACGCUGUCUACUUCCGCUUGCACACCAAUCAAGAUUUCAGGCAUACAAUGCACAAGAGAUUUCCAGCCAUUCUGGAAGCUUAUUACAAAUGCAACGAGCAGUGUGGAAUCUGUGACAUAAGGAAGAAAGACCAAAUUAAAUGGUCUAACAGUGUAAAUUAGAUCCCUUUGUGUUUGAACUGCUUUUUCUUCUUGAUCAUACUUUUCACAUCUCUGUUGUGAAGCUGUCUGUCAUGCUCCGUCUCCCACUUGAGGUGUUUGACACCUACCAAAGAGGAGAAGGCAGGUGAGAUGUCAGAGCAGCUGGUGCAUAAUUAUUACUUACGAACACUAUGUGGAAUCUGAGUAAAUCAUGUGUUGGCUAAUACUGAGCCACCAUGUAUACAAAAUGUCAAUAAAGUGUGAACGAUG